AUGUUCCGCAACGUGUUCGACGCACUAGGGCUAAAGGAUGCCGACCUGACGACUCACCAGCACGGGGUUAUCGGGUUAGGCGACCACUUCAUCAAACCGGACGGAGUUAUUUCCCUACCGAUCUCGGUGGGACAGAUGCAAGGCCGAAGAUCGGCGAUGGCCGAAUUCGUAAUUCUCCGAGACUCCACAGCCUACAACAUCAUCUUGGGAAGAAAAACAAUCAAUGAUUUUGAGGCCAUAAUCAAUACCAAGCUGCUAGUUAUGAAGUUUGUUACCGAUGAUGGAUCCAUAGGGACCAUAAGAGGAGACCUCGAGACGGCGGUCGCUUGUGACAACGCCAGCCUUUCCCUUAGAAAAAAGUCCAAAGAAGCAUCCGGCGUAUUCCUAGCCGACCUUGAUGCCAGAGUAGAGGACAAGCCGAGGCCAGAACCAGAAGGGGACCUGGAGAAGCUUAGAAUCGGUGACGAAGGGGAAAAGUUCACAUUCGUUAACAAGAACCUCCCACCUGAGCUGAAGGAGCCCUUGAUUGAAAUGAUAAGGGCCAACAGGGACUUGUUUGCCUGGACACCAGCCGACAUGCCGGGCAUAGAUCCAAAAAUCAUCUCACAUCAUCUAGCCGUCAAGCCGGAAGCACGCCCAGUGGCUCAACGGAGGAGAAAGAUGUCGGCGGAAAGAGCAGAGGAGGUAGCCAAGCAAACGGCCGGCCUCCUAGAAGCAGGCUUCAUACGGGAAGUGGACUACUCGACGUGGCUCUCAAAUGUGAGAGGGGUAGAAGCUAACCCAAAGAAAUGCCAGGCAAUACUCCAGAUGAAGAGUCCGGGCUGUAUCAAGGACGUCCAGAGGUUGGCAGGACGGUUGACCUCACUUUCCCGGUUUCUUGGAGCCUCGGCGACAAAGGCCCUGCCAUUUUUUAACCUCAUGAAGAAAGGGAUGGCGUUUGAGUGGACACCCGCAUGCGAAGAAGCCUUUCAACACUUCAAGCAAAUCCUGGCGGCACCUCCCGUUCUUGGGAAGCCAAGGGACGGGGAACCACUAUACCUAUACCUUGCCGUAACAAGCGAAGCCCUGGCCGCAGUACUGGUACGGGAGGACGGGAAAGCCCAACAGCCAGUCUACUUCAUAAGCAGGGCCCUGCAAGGAGCAGAAUUAAGGUAUAGCAAGUUGGAAAAGCUAGCCUUAGCACUCCUAACUUCCUCGAGAAGGUUAAAACAGUACUUCCAAAGUCACCAAGUUGUCGUCAGAACGGACCAAGGGAUCCGGCAAGUUCUCCAGAAACCCGACCUGACGGGAAGAAUGAUGACUUGGUCUAUCGAACUCUCUCAAUAUGACAUACGGUACGAGCCCCGGCAAGCCAUCAAGGCGCAGGCCAUGGUGGAUUUUUUGGUUGAAGUAACAGGAGACCCAGGCGAAGACAUGGGUACACGGUGGAAGCUCCAUGUGGACGGAGCCUCCAACCAGACCUACGGAGGUGCCGGGAUCAUCCUGGAGAGCCCGAUCGGGGUUGUAUACGAACAGUCGGUUAGAUUCGAGUUUCCCAUCUCGAACAACCAAGCAGAAUACGAAGCCCUCAUAGGAGGCUUGACCCUAGCGGCAGAGGUCGGAGCAAGAAGGCUGGAAGUAUGCAGCGAUUCCCAAGUCGUCACUUCCCAAGUAAACGGCAGCUACCAAGCCAAGGACCCCUUGUUACAGAAGCACUUGGAAAAGGUUAAAAGCUUGAGCCAGAAGUUCGAAGAGGUCACGGUCCAACACGUACCCAGAGAAAGGAACACACGGGCAGACCUUCUAUCAAAAUUGGCCAGCACAAAGCCAGGGGAGGGGAACCGGUCUCUCAUCCAAGGCAUGACAAGAGAACCAGCAAUUGCACUACACAUAACAACCCUAAGUUCUUCAUGGCUAGACCCCAUCACCAACUUCCUAGAACACGGCCAAAUCCCUGGUGAUGAAAAGGAUGCGACGAAAUUAAGGAGAGAAGCGGCCAAAUACGCCGUCAUCCAAGGACAGCUGUUCAGAAAAGGGCUUAGCCAACCCCUACUGAAGUGCCUACACCCCGACCAGACGGACUAUGUCCUCAGGGAAGUCCAUGAGGGUUGCUGUGGGCACCACAUCGGAGGCAAAGCCCUAGCAAGGAAAUUAAUCCGAGCUGGGUACUACUGGCCGUCGAUGAUGGCAGAUUCCAAAGAGUUUGUCAAAAAGUGCAUAAAGUGCCAACAGAACGCCAACUUUGCCAAGGCACCGGCCUCCGAGUUAAGCUUGCUAACGACCUCCCGGCCAUUCGCUCAGUGGGGAGUCGACCUCUUAGGGCCCUUCCCGGUCGGCCCUGGGCAGGUGAUAACACGAUUCGGGAUACCAGAAGUCGUCAUCUCGGACAACGGCACACAGUUUACUGACAAGAAGUUCACUGAAUUUCUCAGCGGCCUGGGUGUAAGGCAAAGGUUCUCUUCGGUAGAACACCCUCAGACGAACGGACAAGUGGAGUCCGCCAACAGGGUUAUCCUUUCAGGGCUAAAAAAGAGGUUGGACAAUAAAAAGGGUGCUUGGGCCGAUGAACUAGCAGCGGUCCUUUGGUCCUACCGAACGACCGAACAGUCAUCUACUAAAGAAACUCCUUUCCGGCUGACGUACGGUGUGGACGCGGUAAUACCCGUGGAGAUCGGGGAACCAAGCCCGCGGUUGCUCCUAAAGGGAGUGGAGGAAACCGUAGAAAAGGACCUGAUAGAUGAAACCAGGGAAAUGGCCCAUUUGACAGAAACGGCGCUAAAACAAAGAGUGGCUCUGCGCUACAACACCAAAGUGCUCAAGAGGGAAUUCGAGCCAAACGAUCUCGUCCUGAGACGAAAUGAUAUCGGCCUGCCGACCCCUGGAGAAGGCAAGCUAGCGGCCAACUGGGAAGGCCCAUAUAGAAUCAAGAAAGCGAUGGGAAAAGGAGCAUUCAAGCUAGAAAGACUUGACGGCAAGGAAGUCCCGAGAACAUGGAAUGCGGACAACCUAAGAAGAUUCUACUCCUAG